UAUAGAUGAUCAAGUGAUGCAUCGCCAUCGCUCUUGGAUCUACGAGCUGCAGUACAUGUUGGGGGAACUGGAAUCUUGAGUCGUGCGGUGCGAAAGAAAGCCAAUCGACGCCCAACGCCUCCUCUCCCGCCCGGGCGGUUGACUUAAAAACGCCCCCCUUGCGAUCUUUACUCUUCUCUACGAAGGCUGUUCCCCUUCUGCUUUAGUGGGAGGGGCUAGUGGCUGUCAGGAUGCAGUUUGUAACGUCUUCGUCAAAUUAUACGCAGGGUAUCCGAUCCUCAACUGCAACGUCACUUGAUUGCUAUAACGCUUUUGCUAUCGAGACAGUGGGGAUUUGGGGGGACCCGAGGAGAUAGCUUUUACAUAACGCUGCCGACCAAAAUAACUGCCGGCAUAAAUGUAUCAGAAACGGAAUUAUGCAGGCCACCCUUUUUAUACUUUCUUUGCUUCUUCUUUUUUCUUUUUCUUCUACAUCACCAAGUCAUGAGCUGCUUCUUCCCCUCCCUUGCGUCACUCACACCUGAUCAAAUGAACACAUCGUACCAUUUUCCAACACGUACUCAAUAUAAAUCCCACAACAGAGAAGAAAGAAAAAAAGACUCCCCGCACAUCCCUCCUCCACCAUCUCAUCAUCAUCAUAACAACUCCGGUCCAUUCUCAACCAACAUCACCACCAACCCCUGCCGCCACACCCACCCUCGUCCCGUGCCAUCUCCCGCUCCGUCCACACAGCCUGCAACAGCCGCCAAGCCCAUCCAACCCCCUGUCUCUCUUCCUAAAACCCGCCAACACUUCCGAUUCGCCCCCGGCCCGACACACUAAAAUCAAACUCCCCCCGUUUCGCUUACAACCAUCUCCCAACUAGUCAUGCCGUACACAGAUGUGAUAUCCGCUGACUAGCUUGGCUACACGCGUCAUGUACAUUGAGCAAGAACCAGAACAAUCAAAAAGGGAUAUGUCGACCAUACUUUUCUUGGCAUAUAUU